AAAGUAACCAAUCGAUUCAACCUUUUAAGAUAGACGGGAAACAAAGCGACUAAAGAUGGACGACUUUUCGUAAAAUAAUUUAAAUCUGUGCUACUGAACCACCAACAUUACGUUCUGAUUUUUUAUUCGCCAAAAAUAAUUGUGAAUAAGUCCAAAGCUCACAAGAAAAGCACAACAAACGUGGUAAUUUGUAAACCAACAAAUUGAGUAUAUGGCUGUUCUCUAAGUUGCGAUACUUAUCGUGAUUUGGAAGGAGCAGCCAUAAAACGGGUCAUAAAAACGCAAGGGGCCUAUACUUUAGAAGCGUCAAAGAACGCUCUAUCUACGAGGCCGGUUCCAAUACCGGCAUCGAUAUAUAUAAGUUUAAGCAGAAGAUGGCCAAUACUCUUUCCGUCAUGACAAACGUAUUGAGAAAUGUGGUCAGCAAGCAGCGUAUUCGCUACAAGGAGAAAGGUUUCAAUUUGGAUUUGGCCUAUGUAUGUGAUAACAUUAUUGCAAUGGGAUACCCGGCGGAAAAAUACGAAAGCAUGUAUCGAAACCGGUUAGAAGAUGUUCAAAAGUUUCUAGAGGAAAAUCAUCGAGAUCACUAUAAAAUCUACAAUCUAUGUCUGGAACGCAGCUAUGAUAUUAGCAAAUUUCACGGGCGAGUUUCAGUUUAUCCAUUUGAGGACCAUAACCCACCCACAAUCGAACUGAUACAACAAUUUUGUGAAGAUGUUGACUCUUGGCUUAAGGCAGAUCCUCUUAAUGUGGCUGCUGUACACUGUAAAGCUGGCAAAGGUCGUACGGGAACUAUGAUCUGCUGCUAUUUACUCUAUAGUGGACAACAACGUACCGCGGACGAUGCUUUGGCCUGCUAUGACGAAAAACGAACAAAGGAUCGUAAGGGAGUUACGAUACCAUCGCAGAGACGCUAUGUGCAGUAUUUCUCCAAACUGAUACGCAUGGGAUUAUCAUAUUGCCGUCGUUCACUGCAAUUCUGUGAAAUUCGAUUUUUGGGGGCCAAUGCAUUACAAAGUCAAGGCUCUGUACAUUGCACAAUUUCUGUUUUAGAGGAUAAAGUAAAGCCAUUGGCAUAUUAUGUCGUAGAUUUUCGUAAACAGAGUGUACUCGAUGUGAAAAUAACAGUUUCCGGCGAUAUAAAAGUCGAAUUAACGAAAAACACCAAAAAAUUAUUUCAUUUCUGGUUUAAUACGUUCUUUGUAACAGAUUCAGUUAUUGAAGGAGACGGCAAUGAUGAGAAAUACAUAUACACUCUAAACAAGUGUGAAAUCGAUGAUGCGCACAAGGAUAAAGAGCAUAAAUGUUUCUCCGAAGAUUUCAAGGUGGUACUUGUUUUCUACGUCGACGGAAGUAAUGCUGUGCGAGAUGGGGAAAAAUCUUCGAGCGGACAGAGCUUCGCAAAUCAUCGUCAGUCUGUGCAGAGUGGACCGGCAAACACCUGUUUGCCGACAAUACAAUCAAAUAAUUACUCAUUACCACAGAAUAACAGCAGCGGCAGUGAAAUGAACUUUAUAUGUGAUCAGCAAUCAUCAUCCUCUACGUCGGUGAGCAGCAGCUUAGGUGGUGCCACCACCGACAACAGCAAUGGUUAUGAAUCGAAUUCGAAGCGGAACACGCAGCAUAGAAGUGGCGUUCAAAACUUCGGUAAUAUUCAUCAUUCUCAUCCUUAUGUGGCUAUGCACGAUGAAAACAGUGUUUCGUAUGCAUCGCCACCACCACAGCCGGUUGCAACAAUUGGAGCACCACCCGGCUAUGUUGUAGAACAUGAACGUCUACAGGCGAAAAAUCAGCACUGCAUACAGAAAAAUAACAUGCACCACUUGCAGCAAAAACAUGUGCCGUCAGUGACUGCCACUUCAACGCCAAACCAGAGGCAUAUACAAAGACAAAAUGCUGGCACCGUUGCUGGCAGCAAUGCUGACGGAAGUGGGAUACUGGAUAUCCAUAGAGGUGGCACGGAUAUAUCGUGUCCAACGUCGGCAAAUUUAAAUGCCAGUGGCAUCAGCAGUAGCGCCAAUUACAACCACAGUACCCAUAACAGUAGCAAAACCAGCAGCGUCAGCAGCCAAUCGUCUUCUGUAGUCGGAGACAACGAGGAGGACUGGGAAUCCGGUGAGUCCAGUGCUAAACAGCUUGAUCACAUUACUUUAUUACUUUCUACUUCUUCUGUAACAUCUUCUCCUGCUCCGAAACAAAUACUUCCAAAUAACAAUACAAAUACCAAUUUAUCUCCCAAUGAUUCCUCGAGAAGUAAGCAAAAGAUUAAUGUCGGUCUUCAGCCCUCUUCCUCCACCUCCUCCUCAUCCUCUACAUCCGCCUCUAGCUCUACCUGUACCUCUGCAUCCCAAUCAUCUAUAUCCUCCAAAUCCUCUUCCCAAUGCCCCUACAACAAAUGUAACACUAGCAGUAGUAGUUGUAUAAAUAGAGUUGCUGGUGGUGAUGAUGAUGAUGAUAAUGAAAACGUCGAUGAAAGUAAACCUAAAUUUAAGAUAUCUGACUCGAACAUUGUGGCCACACAAGAACAAGAGCAACAAUUAGGAAGCGCCAUUGGAGCUACAGGGGUAUCAUUAGAGUCAGGUGUUAGGGACGUUAAAAAAACCAACACGGCUAGAAUGCCAGAAUGUUGUGAUCGGAAUAGUAAUGCAUUGACGUUGUCGACACCGGCUCAAACUCCUAGUAGUCGGCCCAAGUUUAUGCAUCUAUUGAUGCUCCCAAAAAACAACAAUUCACAUCAGUCGACGCAUAAACCAAUUUUCAAGCGUAAAUCGUCUUAUAAGUUGACAAAAAAUGUGUCGAAUACCACAGGGCUUAAUGCUUCCAAUGAUGGUUGCAGGAGUUCCACUGCUGAUACUACAUCAUUGGAAUCGGCUUCUGUGACACCUGAUACUGUGCUGGGGAACAUGGGUGGUGUAGCCACGACAUCCAAGCAGAAACUAAAAAUCAAGCUUAAAAAAAACAAACUCAAAUUUUCACAAAAAUUUCAAUGGUUUCGAAGCUAUUUUCGCAGUGACCCUGUAGAUUUCUGUGAAAACUUUGUGCAGCAGACCACAUCAAUACGGCGCAACAGUAUCUGCAGUAUGGCUAGUCGGACGCACAAAUUAUCGACAACAACUCCGCCUUCAAUAACGCCGCCGCCCCCUCCUCUAGCUGGAGCGAAUAUUGACGGCUCUUCGUCGUGUGAACAGUUGAACGACCGAGGUCCCGGUAGUGUUUCAGGGUCUACAUCGAACGCCAGCAUAGCAACUGGCGAUCAUUGUGAAGACUACUAUUCACACAUUUGCGACAAUCAAUUAAGCUUUAGUAAUUCUCCGUGCAAAAGUCCCCGAUCCAUGGCGGACAUUGUUGGUAGUAUUAGCGGCAGUGGUGGUGGACAUGGUGGAAGUUUUGGCAGCAGUUUUGCCCACAGUGCAGGUAGUUUCCAUCAACAGUACUUUCGAGAGCGGCAGGAAACCUUGCCGGGCCUCAGUUCACACAGUGCUCGUCGCAACAAUGUUGUCAUUGUUGCCGCUAAGCCUGUACGUACGAACGCUAUUGGCUUUAACAUACACACAGCGACCUGUGACGAUCAGCAAUCUCAAGCAGUGAGACAGGAUUCACCAGAUUUUAAUGCCUCGCCGGCCAGUGUAUAUAACACUGCUAGUUGUUCGCCGCCACUAACUGACGAGUGUGUUGCAGAUAGCCAGAAGGAAACCAAAAACAUACCCUUCGUAUUUCCAGUAAAUGUUCCCAACAAAGCGCCAGAAAAUUCAAGUGGUGACAGCCCGUCUAAAGAAUCACCUACAAAGACGCAAACAAAGUAUUCUCUAAACUUGGUUAUUGUCAAAGAAUGUCCUUCUGAUGAGUGUGCUGCCACCGCACCCGGUAACAUAUCGAAAACAUCUCGGCGAGAUGGCGAAAUAUGCCAUGAUCCAUAUUCGGACUUUUCUUGUGAACAAGAUCGAAACGAAUUCACCAUCAUGCAUACCUCCAACGAGGGUGACAUUUCGGGACCAAAUGCAACAUCCACCGCCAUAGACGAUUUGUUUGAGACAAAGACCACUGCAACUACCAGUGCAUCCAUAUGCAGUAACAGUAGCAGCAGUGGCUUUUGUACAAGCGAAUGUUGUACUACAAACAGUAGUAGCAGUAGCUGUAAUUGUAACCCCUUUGCAUUAGGUUUAGAAAGGCAUGUCGCCUUAGCUGCCCUCAACACCGCGAAGCAGGCGGAUCCGAAGCAGGACAUCAUUCUGGAAGUUGAGGUGGAGCACAAUGACACUGCACUCACCACUGACCCUUCCAUGCCUCCUGGCAAUCCCGCAGAUGAGGCUUCUCAUAUAAAGCCUGAGUCCAACGAGCAUAAAUGUGAUUAAAAAAAUGCAAUUUAUUGAGGGACUGUGGCUGUGGAUCACACGUUGGCCCUAGCUUUGGCGUUCCCGGUUGAUAUUUUCGGGUGGCUAUAGUUACGUAAAAUACGAAUACAAGUAAACUAAGACUACAAGUAACGUAAAAUACGAAUACAUGAAUUGUCUGAUUGCGUUCAGCGAGAUUUUAAAAUGGCAAGGACGUUUGCAAGUAAUCGACAUUUAUGCACUGAACAUAUAGUCAAUCGUUCUCAAACAAAAAUUGUCGAAUAUACAUUUUCUCACAAAUUCUUUUCCACCAUUAUAACCAUUCAUCAUGCCGUGAAUUCGAAUUUAUAUCUUAUUGAGCAUUGCUUGUUUAGUCGAUAUCGAUCGAAAUUAGUAGUAUGACAGUGCAAAGAUGUCUUCGGAAAGUGAAUAUUUUAUGGUAGAUUGAUUCACAAAGGUAUUCAAAAAGUUCGCGUGUAAGCCACAAUGUUCGCUAAGCUUUUGAAGAAUUCAGAAUUAUAUUUCAAUACUAUCACAUUCGUGAGCUCUUAACCACGCAAAUAGUUAACUGUUGUUCUUCUACUUCUUCCAUCAAAAUCAUCAGUGUUCGCAAAAGAAAGCAAAUCAACAAUAGUCGAAAUGCAAUAUGUAAUGAAAAUAGAAACUCAUUCUAAAUUUGCAACAAACAAACAAACAAAGAAAAAAACUAUUAACGCAAAGGCAAAAAAGAAAAGAAAACACAUACAUAUAUACAAAAACACACACACACAAACACAACGCAGUAAUAUUAUCCACAACAUAAAUAAUUCUUCUUCUUCUAAACAUAAAAUAAAAACAUGCAACGUAUAUACAUAGAUACAUAUAUUUAAUAUAAUUUCUCGUCUUGUUCUUUAUUUAUUAAUAUUUUUUGUUUAGUUAUUUUUAUAUAUAAAUAAGUUUUAAUAUUACGUUCUUCGAGCACUCCCUUAUCCUACCCCCACAUCAGAUCAAUCAAAACACACUUCCAAACACCACCCCGCCCGCCCCCUCCCCUCUUUUAUUAUUUAGGAUAGAUGAUAACAUAUAUAACAAAAUUAAAAAUUUCUAACAAUUGAAAAUUCGGUAAUGUUCUCAAUAGAAAGUAAUUAAAUUACUUACGUAUACUACGACGAUUGUAAGGAUUUAUCACAAAAAAAUAUUAAUUAAAACUUAUUCUAUGCUUUUUAUUACUCUUAGUACUACAAACAAAAAUAUUAUUGUUUUCUUUCUUAUUUCGAUGAUGAUUUAUUACUUAAAAUGUUAACAUUAAUCUACAACUAAAAACAAAAAAAAAAAAAAAAAAGAAACUACAUAAUAGAAACAAACAAACAAACAUAAUGUUUUUCUUUAAACAAAAAAAUGCGAAAAUUCUUUUUAAUUAUAAUAAUAUAUUUGUAUAUCUGUAGGAACCAUUGCAGCAAUCUUUGUACGUUUGAAACAUUUUGAUACAUCCAAGGCAUAUCUGGGAAGAUAGAUGAAGUGGAAUCACAAAAAAAAAAUUCUAAAUUGCAUUUGUCUAUGAUACAAUACGUUCAAAAAUAUCCAACCAACUUCCCUUCCAACUCUCAGAAAAUAUUUGUACAGUUUUUUUAUCGAUUAAACGCAGAGUUAAUACCCGUUGACUCUCUAAUUUAAACGAACACGUUUUUGGGAUAAAUGAAUCUCUGUUAAUAUUAUUUAUUUUCUAUAUGAAUGUGGAAGUUUCGUGUUAAAAAAUAAAAGUAAAUCUUGUUCGUAAAGUCAAAAUCUUAUAAUAUUCUUCAACAACUAUAAUUGUUGAAAUAUUUGUCUCUGUGGUAAUGGAACAGCAGUUUGUGUCACAAAAGUGAAUUUCUAUGUCUAAUAAAUUGUUUGUCUCAUCAGUCUAUAAAUUGGGAACUAUUCGUUUCGUUAUCUCCGAAGCUUCCAUCUUCCAUCUUCCACAUGCCUUGUGAUUUGUUGUUUUGUAUAAGAAUUAGAUACAUACCACACCAAUAUUCCAGCAGGUUAUCGACGACGCUACUGUGAAGAAGUAUUUUGCAAUAAUUCAUUCGAAUGAGAAUAUUUUCGGUUUGGUACAAAAACAUUCCGGUAUUAUGUUGCAAAUGUUUCUGCACAGAAAUGUAUUAGUAGUAGAAUGCUAACUGUUUCGAAUGUAUGUCGAUAGGCCUUGGUUUCUGUAGACAUGAAUACAUGAAAUCAAUCAAUUAAUCAAUCAACAUUAUGUUUAACCUAUACAAAUAUGUAUGUAAAUACAAAUAAAAUUUUUGUAAUUAAAUCCAAAACAUGAUCUUUAGACGAUAUGAUUUUGUAUAUCGUCAAUAAUAAUUAUAAUAAAUAUUAUACAAAUUAUUUUCUUUAAUUUUAAAUUAAUUCUUAAUUCUCCUCAUUUGAUUAAAUGUACCGUUGGAUUAUGAAUAUAUGAUUUUAAAUGCUGUA